AAAGACGCAGCUGCCUCAGCCUGCAGUUAUUUUAGCAAAAGACAUUUGAAGCGCCGUCGUUUCAUCCUUCUUAGUCUCCUUGAAAAGAAAAACCCUAAUUACAAGGCACAAAGGAAGUGGAAUCAGAGCUGAGAAACCCUAACAAUGGGAGGCAAAUGUCCGCAUAGGAACGUGAAGAAGAGAAGAUAUUCUCACAAGACAGCGCGGCGUACGAAGUUUGAGUUGAAAGGGGACGACAUGGUUUAUGCGCAGCUGAACAAACCCGAUGAAGAGAGAGCCCCUUUACCCCUCGAUGAAGAUUUGCCUGGGAUGGGCCAGUACUAUUGCCUUCACUGCGAUCGGUACUUUUCCAAUGUAGCCGUGAGGGAUGAGCACUUUAAGACCAAACGACACAAGAAGCGUAUAAAACAAAUGAUGGGUCCUGCACCACAUACUCAACUUGAUGCCGAUGUAGCUGCUGGGAUGGGUAUGCCAGACAAUGGACCAAAGCUAAUGUCUAUGUAACUUCUUUUUUGGUAGUGGGUGAGACGAUAGUCUUAGGAGCUGGUGUUAUAAAGAUAUAGUGUUUGUUAUUUUUCUUCUUUUUAUGUUACUAGUACUGGUUAUUCUAUUCCAAUAUAAGCAAUAUUAUAUUUUGAAAGCAAAUUCUUUGUUUAAUUCCUCUAUUUUGUUU